AUGCCUGAGCAAGUAUCAACUCCCCGCGGUGGCCGCUUGCUGAAAGCGUUAAGCCGACAUCUUUCCCAUCGGGGCGCUGACGUUGAGUACCUUGGCAGCUCAAGCAGCAGUGACAGUGUAUCUUGUGAACAAGGCAAAACCGACGACCGGUUAUCGUAUUCUCCUAGUGAUUCCGGAAGCGAUGGCUCUAAGAGACAACGCAGGCAUCGUUCAACUGUCUCCUUACGUCGUAUGUUCGAAAGCUUGAACUUGACAUCAAGAUCUCAAUCAUGCUCAUCAUCUGAGCGCCACCACCAAAAAAAGAAGCAGCAACAGCCGAAGCGCAUCCUUCGACAACCCGUCACGUACACAUACGUUCGAGGCCUCUCAGGUCUGCCGACACAAAGAGUACCACGUCACACAGUGUACUGUUCAUCGUUGGGACUUAACCGAUAA